AUUUCUAUUUUCCCUCAGUUUCUUGAGACAGAAGCUGCCGGAGAGGCUGAAGACCAGCUAUUUAACCGCGGGAUUAACGCUAUGAACCUUUCUUAGCGGUUACUCGGAGUUUGUCCGUAAUUCUAGCACCGCUCUCUCAGCCUGGCCUGCAGAGGGGGUGUGUUCUGGGACCAAUGCAGACCCCACCUCAGAUCUUCUCUGUCAGUGCCUGCGCCUGGGUCAGCAGAUUUUGUCACUUUCAAGAUAUUGGCACAGCUGAUUCCUUGGAGGUGGCAGAAAAAAUGUCAGUCAGCGUCCAUGAGAACCGCAAGUCAAGGACAAGCACAGGCUCCAUGAACAUCUCCCUCUUCCACAAGCCCUCACAUCCGGACAGCGUCCUGACGCACCUCAACACUCUCCGCAAACAGUGCAUGUUCACUGACGUGACGUUAUGGGCCGGGGACCGUUCCUUCCCUUGCCACAGGGCGGUACUGGCGGCGUGCAGCCGCUACUUCGAGGCGAUGUUCAGUGGAGGCCUCCGUGAAAGUCUGGACAGUGAUGUUAACUUCCGGGACAGUGUGCACCCAGAGGUUCUGGAGCUGCUGCUGGACUUUGCUUACUCCUCUCGAGUUAUUAUCAAUGAGGAGAACGCAGAGUCGCUUCUGGAAGCUGGAGAUAUGCUACAAUUCCACGACAUCCGUGACGCAGCAGCAGAGUUUCUCGAAAAGAACCUGCAUUCGUCCAACUGUCUGGGGAUGAUGCUGCUUUCUGAUGCCCACCAGUGCAAGCGCCUCUAUGAACUUUCAUGGAGGAUGUGCCUGGUUCAUUUUGCAGCAGUCCGAGACACAGAGGACUUUUACGGUUUGUCUAAAGACAAGCUCCUGGAACUUAUCCUCAGCGAUGAGCUGGAGAUAGAGGAUGAGCAGAUAGUAUUUAACGCAGUUAUGCGAUGGGUCAAGUACGAUUUAGACAGUCGCAGAGACUACCUUCCUGAGCUGCUCCGGGGUAUCCGUCUCGCGCUGUUGCCAUCGGAGUGCCUCAUCGAGGCCGUGGCUUGUGAAGAACUGGUUAUGUCAGACAAGCGAAGCAGGCAGAUUGUGGAAGAGGCCAUUCAGUGCAAGAAGAAGAUUCUGCAGAAUGAUGGAGUUGUCACCAGUCCCUGUGCCAGGCCACGCAAAGCUGGUCACACGUUGCUCAUUCUUGGAGGCCAGACGUUCAUGUGUGAUAAAAUCUACCAAGUAGAUCAUAAAGCGAAAGAAAUUAUUCCCAAGUCAGACUUGCCCAGUCCUAGAAAGGAGUUUAGUGCUUGUGCCAUUGGCUGCAAGGUUUACGUGACUGGAGGGAGGGGUUCGGAAAAUGGAGUCUCAAAAGAUGUAUGGAUAUACGAUACGGUCCAUGAGGAGUGGUCCAAAGGCGCUCCGAUGUUAAUCGCACGCUUCGGCCAUGGUUCAGCAGAGCUGGAAAAUUGCCUUUAUGUUGUUGGAGGUCACACUGCCAUAGCUGGCGUUUUUCCUGCUUCCCCUUCAGUAUCUCUGAAACAGGUAGAGCGGUACGACCCGCUGACCAACAAAUGGACCAUGAUGGCACCGCUCAGAGAUGGUGUCAGUAACGCAGCUGUAGUCAGUGCCAAGCUAAAGCUCUUUGUAUUUGGUGGGACUACCAUCCACAGGGACAAGGCUUCCAAAGUGCAGUGUUACGACCCUGUAGAGAACCGCUGGACGAUAGCCGCAGAGUGUCCUCAGCCCUGGCGAUACACCGCUGCUGCUGUGUUGGGCAGUCAGAUCUUUAUCAUGGGCGGUGAUACAGAAUUCACCGCUGCUUCUGCUUACCGCUUCGACUGCGAGACCAAUCUAUGGACACGAGUAGGAGACAUGACCUCUAAACGAAUGAGCUGCCAUGCUGUGGCCUCUGGUAACAAACUCUAUGUAGUUGGUGGCUACUUUGGGACUCAGCGCUGCAAAACAUUGGACUGCUAUGAUCCAACAUCAGACAGCUGGAACAGUAUCACCACAGUGCCUUAUUCACUGAUUCCCACUGCAUUUGUUAGCACCUGGAAACACCUCCCAGCCUAGUAGCACCAGAACCGACAGGAUAAACUUGAACUGGGUGUGGAUCACGCUCUUCCAGCCAUAGCCGAUGAUGGCAGAAGCAGAGGCGUUUCUGGGCGAGACUCAGCCGUGGUCAGCCUUGUGGUUGGUCAGCCGUGCAGUUGCGACAGAGGGCGCCUCUCAAAAAACAAACAAGCAAAUAUAACUACCUAGGAGUGAGCGAGCGGAGCGACCAGAAACGUGAGCGACGCCAACGACUGGGUCGAUCACCUUCAGACAGCACAAAGCUAUGAAGCUAUUUACACGACAUGCGUUUCUUCUGUUGCCAAACAAGAGGCACACUGACACACUGACCUCUCGCCUCCAUAUCUGUGCUGUGUUAUUUGGAAUUUUUUAAAUAUCUGAAAUAUUGAACAUUUUUGGUGUCAAACACUUGGCCAAGGGCCAAAGGAAUUUCAGCAGUAUGUAAAACAGAGACCUCUGAGACUUCUGAGGCAAGCCAAGUAGGAUUUUUAGACUUGCUUGACCUCCACCCAUUGAUACAGUAUGUGCCCAUGGUGGGCUCUCUUGCUUCCAAAGGCCUUGUGAACACUACAGUGGAAACCAUACAUUACAUCAAGCUGAAGCCUAAUGAAAUGUACAGAAAUGAAAUGCAGAUGCUGAUGUAGGAACACCUGUAUUAUGUUUUAUUUAACAACGUAAAAGUACCUAUGAAGUGAAACUGAACUUCUAGAAUUUUCUAGAACUAGAACUCUAGGACUCCUCAGCACAAGGACUUCCAGGCAUUUACAUUCUUAUAGAACUGGAAUGAUGAGAAUUUGAUAAAUGCAUUACAGUUAAGUUAUUUCAGUGUGAAAUACAACAAAACAAAAAAGUUUGCACAUACCGCAAUUUUGUUAUAGGAUGAUGAGGGUGUUUGUUACUGAACUAUAUUACUGAACUGAAGUUUUUAAUCUGAAUGCUUCUGUGGAACAUAUUUGAAGAAUGACCUUCACCACAGGUCUGAAGAACAGGGCAUGUUUUACCACGGUUGGUUUUAAUGUCUUACAAACUUUCUUCUUUUUAAUGGAAAGUGACUCACUGCUAAAGUUUUCCAUUCGGAAGGGCACAUUCUCUGGGAUUAACGACUCAAUCCCGUAGGCCUCCUCAUGAACUGAACUCCCGGUGCCUAAAACUGCUAGCCAUGUUUGUCGUUAAUGCACUCUGUUUGUUGAAGGUUUGAAUAAAUGACUUUCUGAUG